AUGUAUUUCAAUUAUCAACUGGCCCCCUCCUCCUCUUCCACCACCACCACCACCACCACCACCACCACCACCACCACCACCACCACCUACAGUUCGACGGUCGCAUCCGACGAUGUCCACCGUAUGCCCACAGCAAAUGGUGAGAGCAGGGACGGUUUGUUGUGCCAGCAGACUUGCGCUGCAUCUACCUACACUCUCUCCUCCUCCUCCUCCUCCUCCUCCUCCCCCGCCUGA